UGGGGGGGACAGGAUGUCUCUGAGCUGUCACACACACCCCUGUCCCGGGCCCAGAGAAAGGGAGGGACAAAAGGCUCUGAGAGAGAGUCAGAAACAAAGACGGGAGGAGGGAGACGGAGAAACACUGGGGAGAGGAGGCCAGAGAGGGGGACAGAGUGCGGACAUCCUGAACGACAAGCAGGCAGACAGCGGCCACAGUGGGAAGAGCGUGGGGACAAGGGCGAGGGGCCAGGGACCAAGAAACAGGACAGGGAGACCCACCCUGGAGACCCAGGAGCCAGAACAACAGCAAGACAGGGACAGGGAGUGUGUGAAGAGAGAGGAGAGACAGUACGGGAAACCUCUGGACUUAGACAGACACACAGGGAGACAGAGGCAGACCCUCUUGGACGAGCUCCUCGGCCUGGGCUCUGCCAAGGCGGGCAGUGGGGCUCAGUGGGCUGGCUGCUUUUCGGGGACCCCCGACCAGGGGCACUUACCUGAGGGCCAGCUGACACCAGGUGACCCUGAGAUGGAGCUCAGGGACUCCAAGAACCACGAGGAUGGGGACCCGGAGGAGGACACAGCCAUGGCCCUCCAACGGCUCGUGGAGCUGACGGCCACCAGGGUGACUCCAGUGAGGAAUCUGCGUGUCCAGUAUCGCCUCAUCCGAAAACUCGGCUCCGGCUCCUAUGGCCGCGUGCUCCUUGCCCGGCAUCGCCAAGGGGGUCCGGCUGUAGCUCUGAAGCUCCUACCUCGGGACUCGGUCCUGAGAACCACCUUCCUGAGAGAGUUCUGCGUAGGCCGCUGUGUGUCAUCUCAUCCAGGCCUGCUCCAGACCCUGCCGGGCCCCCUGGAGACACCCCGACACUUUGCCUUCGCCCAGGAGUAUGCGCCCUGUGGGGAUCUCAGCGGGAUGCUGCAGGAACGGGCCCUCCCAGAACUGCUGGUAAAGCGGGGGGCCCAGCUAGCUGGAGCCCUGGACUUCCUCCAUGGCCGGGGGCUGGUCCACGCGGACGUCAAGCCAGACAACGUGCUGGUCUUUGACCCGGUCUGCAGCCGUGUGGCCCUGGGUGACCUGGGUCUGACCCGGCCUGAGGGCAGUCCAACCCCUGCCCCCCCAGGGCCACUGCCCUCCGCCCCACCUGAGCUCUGCCUCCUGCUGCCACCUGACACCCUGCCCCUGCGACCAGCAGUGGACUCCUGGGGCCUGGGGGUGCUUCUCUUCUGCGCUGCCACUGCCUGCUUCCCAUGGGAUGUGGCACUGGCCCCUGACCCUGAGUUCGAGGCCUUUGCUGGUUGGAUGACCACCAAGCCCCAGCCACCUCAACCACCACCCCCUUGGGACCAGUUUGCGCCCCCAGCUCUGGCACUGCUCCAGGGGCUUCUGGACCUGGAUCCUGAGACUAGAAGUCCCCCACUGACUGUCCUGGAUUUCCUGGGGGAUGACUGGGGGUUAAAGGGGAACAAAGAGAGAGCUAGGGGCUUGGGGAGGAUGUCCAGUGAGGAUGCGGAGGAGGAAGAAGAGAGGGGAGCAAGCCUGGAAGAGUGGUCAGAGGAGGAGGAUGGCGACAAAAAUGGUGGGAGGAUGGGGACAGAUGGGGGAGAGCCCUGACCAGGUGAUGGGGACAGGUGGCCGGAGCCAGGGCCAAAGGCCCUUCCCCCAGCCCCCAUGGCCACCUGGAUGGAGAGACAGCUGCUCCCGGGAGGACAGAGACAGAACACAUUGCACCUCUCCCAAAUGAAGGCUGGACUUGGUUGCAAAAUGCCUCCCAGCUGAGGACUUGGGAAUCCGGGAUCCCCGGUACCCCGUCCCUCAGACUCAGGACUCCAGACCCCAUCUCCUCCUCCCUCAGACCCAGGGGUUCUAGCCCCCUCCUCCCUCAAGGACCCUUCCUUUUCUGUCCCGAAUGUGUCCUCUUGAAGGAAGGUGCCGUUUCCCCCACAGACACACUUCUGCACUGUGGGGACAUGCUGGGCGCUUAUCACGGAGCUCUGAUGCAGUCACCCCUCUCCUCUGAGACUUCAGGCGACCCCCACGGUCCGUGGCACCGAGUCUGGACUCUCCAGAUCUGACACCAUGGAGAUCUCGCCCCCUACCUCUCCCACUGCCCUGGGCUCUGGGCGGCGUUGAGGGAGCCACUCACCCUUUCUAGACCUAAAUCUCCACACACUCAGUGCUCACAUGCACACAAGCACGCUCCUGCAGACUUUCGCACAUCCUGUGUUCUCCCCUAGGAUGCCUUCUUCCCGACUCCAGGCCUCCAGACGCCGGGCCCUGGCCCAGGGCCUCUGCGGCUUGCCUGGAGCCUGUAGCCCCGUGAUCUGCGUCUCCACCUUUUCCCUCUCCCCCUCGGGCUGUCCAGGAGGGACCUGGGCUUCUUCAUUCCUCCUUUUGGGUCCUGCUCCCACAUGGCGAGCUUCCUGUCCAGCUCCCUGAGAGCAUGCACACCGUGCAUGUGAGGGCCACGGCUGGUGUGCAGGGAUGUCCAGGUGACCCGGGCUGGCCCUACGCCACCCCUGUCACAGCACACAGACCCCUGGCCUGUGAGGCUUCCCCCUGCAGGGCAGGGCCACGUGGAUCAGGGGCCGUGUCCCCAGCACCCAGCACAGGGUCAGUUACCGGGACCUGCUUCCUCCAUAUCUUAACCAGAACUAGGUUUGACAGUUAAUGUCUCCAUUUGGACAAAGGCACCGGUGGCUGUGGGAGGUAUUAACCUGGCGGGGAGUGGGUGAGGGGACUUGGGAGCCCAACGCGGCUGUUCUGUAAAUCAAAAAAUGAUUCUGAAAUAAAAAGUUGAUUUAAAAAGAA